AUGGCCGUGCUCUACUGGCUUAAUGUCUCACUUUCUGUGAUCAUGCAGACCCUCUUGGGCCAGCUGCUCGCCUACUUGCUGUCCAGUGGCGAAAUUGUUGCCGUUGUGGGCGUCCUCAUUAACUUCAUGUUCCUGCUCUUAACUAAAUUCAACCCGCCUACUGCUGCCAUCCCGGACCGUUACCAAUGGCUCUAUGACGCCACUUCACAGCGCUUUUCCCUCUCGAUCAUUGUCUAG